AAUACAUUGUAGUAAACCCACCAUCCUACAGGGAUGAUCCGCUCCAGACGCUUCUGACUGCAGGAAGACCGUUACAUGCUCUCUACUUCCGGAUUAUUCGCUCAAUGAUCGCUUCGUAGUUCAACAUUCGACUGAUGUUUAAGAGCGAGUGUUAAUAAAUGCGUGUGUCGCUGAGAGACGAGCUCUACGACGUUUUCAUCUAGACUCGCGCAACUGUUGGAUUUCACGCGUUUAAAUGAAACUUGUAAGCAAAACUAGUGGUCUUGAAUUCAAAGUGUCACUUUUGUGGUACAAAAGAACAAGGAAAAAGAUCCACGCACAGCCUCAUUCCUCACAGUCUCAUAUGUUUCCAUGCCAACAGUGACAUCAGCACUGUGUAAGGAUGUGUGUAAGGAUGAAAGACUCCUCUGCUGUGGUUCUCCAUGGUUACCAGACACUGCCAGCCAACUGCAAAAGUUAUCAUCAGUCACAUGAUCAUUUGACCUAUAUGAUUUAUGAACAAUCGUGCACCAUCUAACAAGAGAUAUCAGCCAACGGAAUAUGAGCACGCUGCUAACUGCGCCACACAUGCGCUCUGGAUCAUUCCCAGCAUUGUGGGAGGGAUCUUGUUGUACUUCUUAUCUGAUGACCACUGGGAGGAGAUCUCAGCAUGGCUUUAUGGGGCAGGACUAUCAAGUCUUUUCAUCAUAUCCACAGUUUUCCAUACCGUCUCCUGGAAAAAGAGUCAUCUCCGAUCGGUUGAACACUGUUUCCACAUGUGCGACAGGAUGGUGAUCUAUUUCUUCAUUGCUGCAUCCUACACACCUUGGCUGACGCUGCGGGAGCUCGGUCCAUGGGCUGCCCACAUGCGUUGGGUUGUCUGGGUCAUGGCCUCUGGAGGAACUGCCUAUGUAUUCUUCUUCCAUGAAAGGUUUAAAGUUGUAGAGCUGAUUUGUUACAUAGCAAUGGGUGUUUUUCCCGCCCUUGUUAUUCUCUCUAUGGCGGACAGGUCAGGUCUGUGUGAGCUGUUGGCUGGUGGCGGGUGUUAUGUGUUGGGCAUGGUGUUCUUUAAAAGCGAUGGAAUAGUGCCCUUUGCUCACGCUAUAUGGCACCUCUUUGUUGCAAUGGGAGCAGGCAUCCAUUACUAUGCCAUCUGGAAGUACCUGUACACACCUCUCAAUCAACCAACCAGUACGGCCCGGUGACACAAACAUGCAUACACCUAACCACACAAUCAUUUGAAGUGCUAAAAUUCUAAAAUAUUGUUUUUUUUCUGUUGUGUUUUUGCUAGCGAACAGUUUGACUGAUGUAACUCUUGUCACUUAUUAAUAGGUCUUUAACUAGCACAUACAACAGAAAUUACAACUAGCCUUUGUGAGACUACAGGCAAGCAGGGGUCAUUUUGGACCUGAAGCCGUGUGCGAUCCUGUGACUGAUGAUAAGGAUCCAGAACAUGAACAUUUCUGGAAAAGACUAUGGAUGAAUUACAGUACAUGAAGGUUUACAAUUUUUUAAAAAGGUAUACACCGAGCAAAUGUAAAAUCACUGCCAGAUAUUUGUAAAAACACUCAUCCUGGAUAGUAAUUACUUGACUACAGUUUAAAGGUAUUUCUGUAGUGUUUUUUAAAUCGAUGUGGGACUAUUCUGCCAAUUCUGCCACUGCCAGUGGGGAGAUAUUCUUAUUUCCUUCAGAAAUAUGAAUAUGUUUCGUAUUACUGUACACAGUAUCGAUUCUCCAUGCUUCUAGUCUAGUGCAAGUCUGUUGCAUUUUUGGAUGUGUAAUGUCUUUGGAAAAUGCCACAAGUGCUUGAUGACAAUGUCCAGGGAAAGAUUUGCCUGGACAGGCCAUAUGAUUUCAUGGCUUAAAGGAUAAGUUUAGGGUUUUUCGACCACAUUAUGAUUGUGUUUUUUUCUUUCUUUCAGGUAACUUUAAAAUAUGGUUCAUUUGAUUAACUAAAAUACAAUUUAAAAACUAUUAUUUAAUAUUUUAAAUAAUAUUAAAUUACUAAAUCAAAUAGGGUUUCAGAAACAAAAAAAUAUUUAGGAGUUAGGUCACAUAGCUCACUUGCAUGGGGUUUUAAAGUGCCCCUAUUAUGCUUUUUUUGGAUAUUACCUUUCAUGCAGUGUUUAAUAGAGCCGUUUGUGAAGGUAAAAGGCCUGCAAAGUUUCAAAGAUCAAAGUGCACGACAAAUAAACUUAUUGUCUCCUAAAAGAAAGAAUCCAUUCUGAACUGAGUCGUCAGCAAUUCCUGUCUCACUUCAUGUUACAAACCUACAUAACAAUGUAACUAAUUUGCAUAACGCCAGCCUAUGGUCUUCAUUGGCUGCCGGCAAACAGCGUCUACUUUGCCCCACCCUCAAACACUGUAGUUGUAGCUGAGACUGGAAGAGUUUGGUUCGUGUUAAGAUGAUAUUUUCAGUGCUGCGAAUCAUGGAAUUGAACUGGAAUUUAUACGGUAAAAUGGACGCCAUCGUUACAUUGUUUGUAUCACUGUGUAUAAAGUGCUGAGGAAUCCUCCGGAGCUGAAAUUCAGAUAUGGUAAUGGGCGUUUUGUUCCCAACAUGUGCUGUAAGUGGUAGACCAAUCACAACAGACUGGGCCAUCUGACCAAUAAGAGCAGAGUAGGCUCUUGAAAAGGAAGGGCUUAGAGAGACAAUCUUUGAACGAACCACUUUUAGACUCUUUGAGGAAUAAAGUGAUGUGCAAUCUAUAUGACAAAAUGACAGUGUUUUUUGACUUUAGAUGCAUGUAAACCUAUUGUAGGAGACUCCAAAACUAAAUUAGGAACCUUUAAAAUAGCAUAAUAGGGGCACUUUAUAGGCUUUUGCCCCGGGCAUUCAAUUCCAGUGAAAAUGUGAAAAUAAUUUAUUUAAUUAUUUAUUUCAACUUUAAGCUGCUGUAGAUGUUACAUUUUGUAUGAAUGCUUAACAGGAUAUGAAAAACAGAUACACUGAAAAUCGCCAGCUAUUUGCCUUUCAUGAACAGGAGUAAAAAUUACAUUUAAAGAGAACACUGGACUGAUUUUAGUCAGGUUCACCUUAAAAGUCGCUAAAGGAACGGUUCACCUAAAACUGAAAAUUCUCUCAUCAUUUAGUUCCAUACUCGUAUGUUUUUGUCUUUCUUCUGUAGAUUACUAAAUUAAAUGUUUAGCAGAUUUUCCAGUCUACAUUGCAUUCUGGCUCCAUAAAUAAUAAAACUGCAACAAUAAAAUACCAUAAAAAAGGUUUCUCAUUUCGUGUUCUAUGCAAGAAAGAAAAUCAUAGAGGUCUGGAACAACAUGAGGGUGUAAAUAAUGACAGAAUUUUCACUUUUGGAUGAAUUAUAAUACACAUUUAGUACACUUUUGUGAUAAUACGGUUUUUAGUACAAUCUCAGCUUCAUCGUCUGACUACUAAUGUUCAAGGUUUGUAAAUUAGCCAUCUGUUCAUUGGACUGAUCAGCCAAAACUUUUGCUCUCAGGGUUGCUAUUAAAUCACUGGCUGGUACCAUCACAAUUUCUGAAGCAUUUCAUUCUUGUUGCGCUCCCUUAGGCCAUACAUAUUUUAAUAACUGUUUAACGUUGAAAAUAAACUUGAACAUUGUAGAAAACGUGUAUUUUUGUCAUCUUGAUCAGGGCUAAUAGAUAAUCAGGGGCACAACCACAGAUUGUCAAGUAAAAUUUAACACGAACACGCUUGUUUCUCAAACGAAUAAACUUAAAUCUAUUAAACAAGUAUUUAAAUUUGUAUGGCCUUUACAAUAAUGUAAAACUCUUAAAACGUAACAGAAUUUUUCAAAAUGUGUAUUUAUCAUUGCUUUACAUCUUUAAAGAAGUAAUAUUUAAUGUAUUAUGAAUAUAGAAAGUGUUUGGUCAAUAGUUGUAAUCCAUGUGUGCAUAAUCAUAUUUAGCUAUAAAUGCAUUAUAAUGUUGAUAUUUAUGUUUGCUAUGUUAAGAUUUCACAAGGAUUUCAUAAGUAAUUUUUUUUUCUAUUAUGUAUCCAUAAGUUUUAUGUCAUGAUGAGUGAAUUUAGCUGAAAUGUGUAUGCUAAACACCUCGCCUUAGUCCGUGAAUAUGUAUUUACGCUUUUAGUGGACCAACACAGUGAAUGUGAUUUCACCAAGUACAUGAUCCUGGAUCAACAUCUUUAUUGGUCCUGAAACAAUAUUCUAAUCAAUCAGAUUUGAGGGACAAGUUUACAGUGUUAUGUCAAGUUUAGGCUUACAAUCAGGGUUAGUGACUAUAUUCUGGUUAUAAAAUAAGUAUUACACUGCUGAUGCUGUUAAAGCUACCUCAGGAUAUUGAAGAUGCUGUCUCACCAACAAGUGACAUUUCACCGGAAGUUUUCCAGCUGGCUUAUAUUAUUGCAGAAGUUUUUAAGAACGUUCCAUGCAUAUGAUCAAUUGACACACACCCGCCUCCUGUCACUCACUCAUCUCAUUCGCUCCGAUUGAAUAGUUAUUGUAUUGCGCAUAAUUUUAGUCAUUCCCACAGGUUUCGCGCUCACAUCAAAAGCGCACACACCACUGAUCUAUAUAAGCGGCGCUCUCAUAAAGUCGCCUCUCAGACAGCUCGCGAGUACCAAAUUGACUUCUUUUUCUAGGCUUAAUGUGCUUAAAUGGUCAAAUACAUACAAAAUUAUGUCAAAAUGCCCAUCUUGCCGAGUAGUCAAAUAAACACAGUCAGUUUUGGAACGUAAACAAUUGAGAGAAAACGGAUCUUGUGUAACAGUAUAUUGGAUCCGUGCAUCAGAUCUUAAAGUGACAGCAGCCUAAUAAACCUGCUGCUGUCUGUCAUGUUAAUCAAAAAGCAUAAAGAGAAUCACUCGCUGUAUCGUAUCGAAGUUAGAAAUUCCAGUAUCGUGACAAUAGGUGCUUCUACGUUAGUGUUAUUCACCUAUCAUUUCCCUCUGAUUUUGAGGGUAGGGAUAGGGUUAGGGCUAAAUGUUCGGACAGGAAUAUCAACAAAAUAUGUUGACCCAGGAACAUGUCUUACUUGGCAAAAUCACGGUGACCUUGCAACAGUCUGUCAGGUACGUUUUGGCUCCCUUAAGGGUUUUAGUUGAUAGUAAGGGCUGUUUGUGACUUAAGAUUUCAGUUUGAACUUGAAAUUGCUUCUGCCCUCAUUUUUUUGCUUUACCGAGUUGCAUUGACAAUAUAAUUUUCUGUAGAUACAUAAGACCCUAAGGAUCCUUUUAAUAACUCAGUAAGUGUUGAUGUUACAGAAGCUGUUGCCUAUAAUGUUCAGUUUUGCAAGUAUUAUAGAACCCAAUGGUAGAAUGAGUUUUUAAUGAUUUCAAAUUGUGUUAAUGACUUUUGUUAUUGUAUUAAGUGUUCUCUGUAUUUGCCAUUGUUGACUGCUUUUUUUAAUAUCUGUGUUUGGUGUAUUCUUCUACUUAAUGACAAAUGUGUUUACUUGGGAGUAUUUUAGGUGAUUCAAUAUGAAGGAGCAGACAGUUUACAUCCAUCAUACAGCUUUCACUGCCACUCAGCCUGAGAUUAUAUACAUUUAGAUUUCCUUUGACCUUGAAUGAAAACAACACAUAACUUAUUAACGAGUGCAUACUGAAUGUAAAGUCUCCUUCCUCUCACUUUUGAGUCACUAGAAUAUGCUGGAUGGUGGAUAAAUGCAUUAAUUGGUGUUUUUACAUGUUGAAAUGAUGGAAAGCUUAUAGUUUACCCUUGACUCAAAGCCAAACGAAAAUGCACUACAAUACAAGUUAUAAAAGACUAAUUUAAUGCUAUUUUGCCCGGAAAAAAAUCUUUCUUAAAUAAUGUAUAAUGUAGAAUUUGGUGUAGUCGGUUCACCAAACUUCACAUACAUCAGGCUGCCGACCUGUCCUUAAUGUUGGGGAGAAUUAUGAAAAUAUUAAUUCAGUAAAAUGAGUGAAUCCUCUAUUUUAACUUGAAACCUAACCCUGACCUCACUGUAAAUAUCAUUUGUGCCUUUUCUAGUUUGGGUGUGUUUCAGAACAGUUCAAGGCUUUGUGUUGUUGGCCAUUCUGCAUAAAAAUAAAUGUCUUUUGAUCCUUUCACAUGAAGGUAUUUGUGAUUGUGAUUUUUCUGCAUUGUUUGUAUUGCUCCAGGUUUUGUAUUUGUAUUAAGACCAUGUUAUUUCAUACCAAUGCUUUUUAUUAAGGAAACUUCCUUCUCUCUGAAUCAUUAUUUCAGUCCUGCAUUCUAUGCAUUUUGUAUGUCUAUGGGUUGAUCAAUAAAUACGAAGAAUAAACA